GGGCACUCAGUCCCGAGUGUAUUUCAUUAACAAGAAGAUCAAGUACGUGUGGGACGAGGCGACGUGUACCUUCGUCAGACUGAGGCCUCUGGAGCACGGGACGACCUUCAACACCUUCCACAGGCAAUCAGGAGGCCUCAGCGAACCCACAGCGAAGGUCAAAAAGGCCCUGUUCGGCGAGAACUUUAUGAAGAUCGAGAUUCUGUCCAUCUGGCAACUAAUCGUACAACAGGCAUAUAACCCGUUCUACAUCUUCCAAGCAUACACUGUCAUCCUAUGGUGUAUGCAGGCCUACUACCUGUUCGCUGUUUGCAUUGCUGUCCUCUCUGUAGUCACCAUAACCAUCAUGGUUUGGGAGACCCGUCGGCAAAGUCGCGCCCUGAGGAAGACGGUAACAUCACAGUCGCAAGUUACAGUGCUGAGGGAUGGCCAAAAAAUCUCGCUCUCGUCGCGUGAACUCGUCCCCGGCGACGUGAUGCUCAUCGCCGAUGGUCUGGGUCGCGUGGAGGUGGACGCCGUCGUGCUCCAGGGCAGUGUGGUUGUCAACGAGGCCAUGCUGACGGGGGAGUCGGUGCCCAUCACGAAGGUUGCGAUACCCAAGGAAAACGACACGAUGUUUUGCGAAGAGGAACACAAGCGCCAUUUUCUGUACAGCGGGACCGAGGUGCUCCAGGUGCGCGGCGGUCGCGAACUCCCGGUGCUGGUCGUUAAUACAGGGUUCUACACCGCGAGGGGAGAGCUGGUCAGGUCCAUCUUGUUCCCGAAGCCUAUCGAGCAUCACUUCUACGGCGACUUUCUGAAGCUGCUCGGGGUGUUCCUGCUGAUCGGUCUGGGCGCCAUGGUGUGGAGCUUCUUCCAGUGGUCGAAGAUCAGGGGUUCCUGGGACGUGGUGUUCCUGUCGCUGGACCUCGUGACGUUCGUGGUGCCGUCCGUGCUGCCCGCCACCAUCACCGCCAUCAACGCCUGCACGCAACAGAGGCUCAAGAGGAAGGACGUCUUCUGCCUCUCCUCGAACUACAUCUCGCUCUCGGGCUCCGUCGAUACCGUGUGUUUUGAUAAGACGGGAACCCUGACGGAGGACGACCUUGCUCUCGCCGGCGUCAUCCCUUGCACCGAGGGAGACAUGGGCUCUCCUGUCGAAGACGUGUCCCACCUGGAGGUCGAGCAGCCGCUGACGAGGGCGCUGGCCACGUGUCACUCCCUCACCUCCAUCAACGGGAAACUGGUCGGUUAUCCAAUCGACACCAAGAUCUUCAGCGGCAUCGGAUGGAACCUGCUGGAGUCGGACCCCGCGGUGAACCAGGACUACGGCAUGGUGACGCUGGUGCGGGUGCAGCCUCCGCCGAGCGAACGCGUGCUGCCCGAGGACCACGAGGUCGCCGUGCUCAAGACCUUCCCCUUCGAGGCCAGGGAGCAGCGCACUACGGUCAUCGUGCGCCGGAAGGGCUUCCCCGCCUGCGAGGUCUUCAUCAAGGGCGCGCCCGAGAAGGUGGCGUCGCUCUGCCGCCCCGACACAGUUCCAGGAAUCACCGAGGCGGCCUUAGAGUGGUAUACGAGGCAAGGACUUCGGGUCGUCGCUGUUGCAGGAAAAACUCUUCAGGAAGGACUCGACUGGGUGGAUCUAACGCCCCGGGAAGAUCUCGAGGAGGGCGCCAUGUUCUUGGGGCUGGUGCUCCUGCAGAAUAAACUGAAGGUCGAGACGGCACCUGUCCUGGCUGCGCUCCACCAGGCAGAUAUCACUACUGUCAUGAUCACAGGCGACAACCUCCUGACGGCGCUGAGCGUGGCCCGCCAGAGUGGCCUCGUGUCCUCCGGCCGCCAGAUGAUCGUCGUGAAGGCUCAGAUGGUAGCGGCGUCGGCGAAGGCAGCUCAGCACCUCAAGGUCUAUUACUUCGAUGCUGAUUACGAAGGCGGAUUGCGCAAUCAGAGGAGCGUCAUCUCCGUCCGUAACGACAACUACGUCCUGGCCACCGACGGGGAGAGUUUCGACCUGAUCUACCGAGGGCUGGACAAGGAGCUCUUCCAGCGCCUCGUGCACAAGGGCAGGGUCUUCGCCAGGAUGAAGCCGGAGCAGAAAAUCACGGUGGUUGAAGCCCUGCAGGAUCUCGGCCAUCAAGUCGCCAUGUGCGGGGACGGCUGCAACGACUGCGGCGCCCUCAAGGUGGCUCACACGGGCAUCUCCCUCUCGUCUGCCGAAGCCUCCGUGGCCGCGCCCUUCACCUCGCGUCGUCAGGAUAUCACGUGCGUCCCCACCCUCCUCCUGGAAGGCAGGGCCACUCUCGUCUCCAUCUUCGCAGCCUUCAAGUACAACGUCGCGUCCAUGUUCGGCGCUCUCGUCUGCGUCGUCUUCCACUUCUCGAUCUUCACGGAGCCCUCAGACGAACAGUACGUGACCAUGGACCUCGUGUUGGCCACAAUCCCGGUGCUGGUGAUGGGCUACACUGGCCCCACCGACCGCCUCGUGCCCCGCCCACCGACCAGGCGCAUUCUCACCUUCCUCCCCGCGGCCUCGAUCUUCUCCUUUCUCAUCUUCCAGACUAUUAUUUAUUGGCUCCUGCUGCUCUACCUCCGCGUGCAACCAUGGUUUGUCGAGUUUGUCCCGCCCGAGCAGAUGGAGUUCGAAGCUCCGCCGAAACCCAGCUUUGAAAACACGGAACUCAUCAUCGUCAAUUACUAUACUUACGUCAUCUGCGCUUUAGUAUUCUCGCAUGGGUCGCCUUACCGGAAGCCUAUCUAUACCAACUACAUCCUGACAGCGUACCUUCUGGCCUCGACGGUGCUGUGCAUCUUCAUCAACUUCUACAAGGGAGAAUGGAUGAUCACUUUGCUCAAUUUCAAGGUCAUUCCAUCCGCCAGCUUCUCCGCCAUGAUUUUCCUAGUCGUCAUCAUCUACGGCGCUGUGACCUUCAUUUGGGAG